UUGGGAUUCCCGGAGGACACGCCGCACAGUGAGCCUCUGAGCCCAAGAUGAGGAAAUUGAGACACAGAGAUUAACUAAUCUGAAUUAGUUAAUACCUUAAGUGGUAGAAACGGUUACAAAUUUGCAGUCUGGCUCCAGAGUCUACACUCUUAACCAUUACACCAUACUGGCCCUUCAACAAGAUGAGUCGUGGAUAUUCAGAAAACAACAAUUUCGUGAACAAUAACAACCAAAUGGUGUUGGACAUGAUCCUUUAUCCAUUAAUUGGAAUCCCUCAGACCAUCAACUGGGAAACAGUAGCAAGGCUCGUGCCAGGAUUAACACCCAAAGAGUGUGCAAAAAGGUUUGAUGAACUGAAGAGCAGUGGAAGCUCACCUGUUGACAACCAGUAUAAUCCCCUAAUGGCUGCUGGAGAGAGUCCUGUUGAAACUUUAGCCACAUAUAUCAAAUCAUCGCUUCUUGACACACAGGGAGAAUUUCAGGAGACACCAGUUGGUCAGGAUGCAGUUUCCAAAACAGGAAGACAUAGUAUAGCUUCCACAAGGAAUUGUUCUUCAGAAAGUGAAAAUUGUACUACUCGUAAUGGUGGAGAAAAGACUGAAGAAUCUGAAGGGCCAAACAUGGUGAUCCAUGUAUGUGAUGAAGCAAAAAAUUUGAAAGAAGAUUUUAUUUGCCCACGAGAUCUUUUGAUAUCAGAAAUGAAGUACUUUGCUGAAUAUUUAUCUAUGGAUGCCCAGCGCUGGGAAGAGGUGGACAUUUCAGUUCAUUGUGACGUUCACAUUUUCAACUGGUUGAUAAAAUAUGUUAAAAGGAACACUGAGGAGAAUAAAGAUUGUGAGAUGCCCACUUUAGAGCCAGGAAAUGUCAUUUCAAUUCUUAUUUCAUCAGAAUUUUUGAAAAUGGAUUCAUUAGUUGAACAGUGUAUUCAGUAUUGCCACAAAAAUAUGAAUGCCAUAGUAGCUACCCCAUGCAACAUGAACUGUAUUAAUGCAAAUCUUCUUACACGUAUAGCUGAUCUGUUCACACACAAUGAAGUUGACGAUUUAAAGGACAAAAAAGAUAAAUUUAGAAGUAAACUUUUUUGUAAGAAGAUUGAAAGACUGUUUGAUCCUGAGUACUUGAAUCCAGAUUCUCGGAGUAAUGCAGCAACAUUGUAUAGAUGCUGUUUGUGUAAGAAACUUUUAACGAAAGAAACAGAAAGAAGAAUUCCUUGUAUUCCUGGAAAAAUCAAUGUGGAUCGACAUGGAAAUAUUGUCUAUAUUCACAUAAGAGAUAAGACUUGGGAUGUGCAUGAGUAUUUGAAUAGUCUUUUCGAAGAAUUAAAAUCUUGGAGAGAUGUAUAUUGGCGCUUGUGGGGAACAAUCAACUGGCUGACUUGUUCAAGAUGUUAUCAGGCAUUUCUCUGUAUUGAAUUUUCACAUUGUCAAUACCAUUCAGAAACAGUGGUUUAUCCUGCUGCAGCAAGUUUAUUGAAUACUGUUGGCACUGGAAUUUAUCCCUGCUGUAACCAAAAGGUUCUUCGGUUUGAUCCCACUCAGCUUACAAAGGGCUGUAAAGUGAGAGACCACGUGGUCACACUUCUUGAUCAAGGUGAAGGUGGAGAUUUGCUGUCCUGUCCAACUACUAGAAUACUGGAUGAUCUGCACAAGCACAAAGAUGUCAUUGCUGUGCCCUUUUCAAAAGACACAGUUAGUGAUCUUGGGGUUGGUCCCUGUGAUGAAAAGGGUCUAGAAUGUGAUGUUUUACUGGAGCCAAAUACACCAUGGGGCCCCAAAUCUGGGGAGCUCAAUGCUUUCUUGUCACUGAAAAACUGGACUCUGCAGCUGAAACAACAGUCAUUAUUUUCAGAAGAAGAAGAAUAUACCACUGGAUCUGAGGUCACUGAAGACGAAGUUGGAGAUGAAGAAGAAGUAUCCAAGAAACAAAGGAAAAAGGAGAAGCCAAAGAAAUUCACUAAACAGCCAAAAAAGCAGAUGUCUUCGCCCUGUACUCAGAAGAAAGAAAAGGCAUUGGAGAAGUCAGCUUCUAGAGAUGUGUCUCCUUUCGUUGUGAGUAUGCAGAAGAAUAAGUGGGAUGCCACAAGAUCCUUGAGAUUCAACCAGGAUGCACAAAGAGAAGAUGAUCAGCGGCGGAUGUCUGAAAUUACAGGGCACCUAAUAAAAAUGAGAUUGGGUGAUCUGGACCGAGUCAAAUCAAAGGAAGCAAAAGAAUUUGCAGGAGGUAUUUAUUCCAGGCUUGAAGCACAAAUCAAGGCCUCAAUGCCAGUUAGUGCACGGCAAAGCAACUCAGAGAAAAACACAAGGUCUAAAAGUCGUUUUGGUCAAGGGCGUCCUGCAUAAAGCACCUUUAAAUAAAACUAAAAAGACAGAAGGCACACUCCUGGUAUCUGAAAUCGCUCACUUCUCGAAGAUCUUCAGAACGAUGACUUUUAAAGUUUUAAUUUUUUAAGUUAUUGAUUAUUC